AUGUCGUUACCUACAACUGCAAAACCCGCAGAAGAGGAUGUAACCAUGAGAAAUGUGGUUACAUUGGGAAUUGGUAUGUCCCUUUGCUUAAUCGGUAUCAAGGUAUCGUCAAGUUUCAUUGUGCCUAUCCUUGGUAAUGUUGGCUCCAUUUCGAUGGCUUUACUCUACUUCUCAAACUCAUUUGCCAAUUUCUUUGUGCCUCCGCUUCUAAACUUGUUUGGAAAUGAGAGACGCGCGAUGUUCUGGACUGUGUUCGAGUAUUGCCUCUACAUUCUACAGUUUGCCUACAUCAUCAUUCCUCUUAACCUGGUGUGGAGUUUUAUUCACGGUAUAUUUGCUGCUCUUAUCUGGACCGCGGAGGGCAUCUACCUGUGUGCUAACUCCAACGACUCGGACCGUGGUAAGAAGUCUGGUAUUUUCUGGACCCUGUACAUGACCGGAGCUGCUGGAGGAAACAUUGCUGUCUAUUUCCUGCUGAAGAAGAUGAACAUUAACGAUUUCCCAACGAGCACUGGUUGGCAUGGAACUGCUUCGAUCAUGUUUAUCGUUCUCGCCGCCACCUCUCUGCUGGGAGCCUUCCCAAUGGCGAUGCUGAAGCCGUCGGCGGCCGAGACACGCCGUAAGUUCGUGGCGAAGACAUCGCAGAAGGUUCUGGUGAAGAAGAUGCUCCGUAUGGUCGUUUCUCCCAAUAUGCGCUGGUUGAUCAUCCCCAUGUUUUUCGUGGGAUUCGAAUACGUGUUCAUUGGAAGCAUGCUUACGCGACAAGUCCAUCAGACCGGUGAAGUCGGUUUGAUGAUGAGUCUGUUCUGCAUCGUUGAAAUGGUCAUGUCCACUCCGUUCGGUCUUUUGCUGGACCGAAUCGGAAACGUGGGGAGCUUCCUUCUCUCUACCGUGCUGGAGAUGGCAGCCAUCAUCACGUUCUGGUUUGCGAACAAAUCGCAGGGAGGCUUGUUCUAUUUAGCGUUCAUCUUUUUGUCUCUCUCCGAUAGCUCCUACGAGACGGUCAUUCCCACGAUCAUUGGUCGCAACUACUCCGACCAAGAGAGUGCGAACAGCACGUAUCGUCUCUUCCAGUACAUGGGAGGCUGCAUUUGCUACUUGAUCGCCCCGCUGUUUGUGGAUGGGUCCACCAAGUAUGUGAGCGAUGCCAGCUUAAUGCGUGAAUUGACGCUCUGUGGUGUGCUGUGCAUUUUGAGCGCGAUUUGCUUUGUUGUUUAUGAAAAGAGCUUCAAGAAGGAGCUGCCUGUGGUUACUAAGGAGCCCGUUCAUACCGAUGAGAAGGCUGCUGAAUUGGUGCAUGUCGCUAAUGAGGAUCUGGAUGAAGUAUCCAAGGCAGGCGCGAAGAAGGUUUCUUCGGUGAAGAUGGACGAUGUGAAGGUGACUGCUGUGAAUAACGAAGAUUUUACGCAUUAG